AUGGCGGUUUCUUCCUCCUCCGCCCUGAUGGUGGCUGCGGCCGUGGCUCUGGGCGGCGGGUUAGUGUUGGUGGCUCGCAGGCUAAUGAGCAGCAGCGGUGCUCGAGCGGCCGGCUCCGGGCUCAUGCGGGGGAAAACGGUGAUCAUCACCGGGGCUAACAGCGGCAUCGGGCGGGCCACGGCGGCCGAGCUGGUCCGGGAGCAGGCCCGGGUGAUCCUGGCAUGCAGAGACCGGGGCCGGGCGGAGGAGGCGGCCCGCGAGCUGCGGCUGGAGGGACCCGGGGAGGUGGUCAUCAAAGAGCUGGACCUCAGCUCACUGCGAUCCGUCCGCAGGUUCUGCCAGGAGGUGGUCCAGGUAAAGACUCUCAGCCAGCCACUGCUGGGAGUGAUAGUCCAACUCAGCCAGCCAGCCACUGGGAGUGCUAGUCCAGCUCAGCCAGCCACUGGGAGUGCUAGUCCAGCUCAGCCAGCCAGCCACUGGGAGUGCUAGUCCAGCUCAGCCAGCCAGCCACUGGGAGUGCUAGUCCAGCUCAGCCAGCCAGCCACUGGGAGUGAUAGUCCAACUCAGCCAGCCAGCCACUGUGAGUGCUAGUCCAGCUCAGCCAGCCAGCCACUGUGAGUGCUAGUCCAGCUCAGCCAGCCAGCCACUGGGAGUGCUAGUCCAGCUCAGCCAGCCAGCUGCUGGGAGUGAUAGUCCAACUCAGCCAGCCAGCCACUGGGAGUGCUAGUCCAGCUCAGCCAGCCACUGGGAGUGCUAGUCCAGCUCAGCCAGCCAGCCACUGGGAGUGCUAGUCCAGCUCAGCCAGCCAGCCACUGGGAGUGCUAGUCCAGCUCAGCCGACCUUUAACUACUGGGAGUGCAGGUUCUUCAAAGCACGCCAGCUGCUUGGAAUGCAAGUCCUAUAAAUCUCAGCCAGCUGGUGGUUGCCGUAGUUCUCUUUAUAGUUUCAGCUUAGCGACCAUUUACCUGUAUAAUGUAAAUACAACCAAUGAUAACGACACUAUUCUUCUUUAAUAACCACCUGUUGAAUAAAGUUUAUAACUACAAGUCCUAUCAAUCACAGCCAGCUGUUGGUUUACUGUAGCUCUUUCCAUAUCUUCAGCUUAGGAACCCCUUUACCUGUAGAAAAUAAACCAAUAGUAAUGACACUAUUUCUCUUUGACUACAAGUCCUAUUAAUCUUAGCCAGUUAUAAGAAGUUGUAACCAUUGAGGUCUUGCAUCCACGCUUUAUUUCCCAGUAUUUAUCAAAGUUCUAAACUUCUCGUCAUGUCUGAAUUCUUUGUCUGUAUUAUGGCUGUAAGAGCAUCAUGGGAGGUGUAGUCCACAACAUCUGGAGCGCUGAAGGUUGCCAUCACCUGACCUAUAGUAUUCAACCAAAUUAUCACAUUGCAAACCCUUAGAGGGUUGUAAUCAGUGUUAUUUUCAGCCUGUUAUUUAUAUCCUACCCAACGCACACAUAGCUGGGCAGGCAGAACUUUUUAUUUACUAACAGAGCAUUUUAUUUACGUACUUUACUUUGCAUCAUUGCAGUUACAUGCUCUUCUAUGACAUCCUAUUGUACUGGGCCUACCGUUGGCAAGUAUUAAUGAUGGGGUAUCUCUAUUGCACCUUCUAGUCACAGCAAGCCUUUGGUAUAUGUAGGCCAAAACGAUAGAUUACUGUCACAUGGCUGAUUUUUAACACAACCGUAUAGCUAAUUAAAAGCUGCUUUUCUAAUUACAUUUCUAUCUUUACAUUUUUACAUACUUUGCCAGCGAAGGCCCAGUUAACUUUUGCAGUGCUGUGUCCCCAGAAUUUCUUUUAGAUACAUCAUGAGAUGGGGUAGACCGUGCAGUGGAAGGUAAGUACAUUAUUCACCCCAGAAAAUGCUGAAAUAGCAUUUACGGAGGUAGAAUAAUGAACUAUCACUACACGCAUGAUUUGACCUAUUUAAUGAAAAAAUAAUUACAUUUUAAAAUAAAGAUUCCUUUGCUCCCAUUUCAUAAAAAAACAACUCCAUACUGUGCAUGAGUCACAGUGCGCGCUUGCCAAACCAGGAAGUGACUUAUAGUAUGUUUUCUAUGCUUUUGUUAAUUUCUUUUCCUCUAUCUUUAAUUCUUUCUUUUUAAAUGUUUGUUAUAUUUAAUGACAUGGGUUUUUUGUUUUUUUUUGAAAGAGAGAACUUUUCAAUGUGAGCACCUGUUAGGUUGCGCAGCAGUCUGAGUUGAAACAUUAAAUGCAGUGAGCUUUUAAAUAAACGAGAAGUGGAAAUUUGAUAACCGUUGUCUUUUAACAGGCAAAGCUUAGGGUGUUGGCGAGUUUCAGUUUCAGACUGUAACUAUCAUUUUACACACAAGUUGUUUUUAAUCUUGAAGUAAAUUCCAUCUAUACAUUGUGCUUGUACAAGAUAUAGAAAAUAUAUAUAUUGGAAGAAAAAAAACAACAACUCUGUAAAAUGUGCUUCCUCCACAGGUCAAUCAGUUCUACAGUUUAGUCAACAUAGAUAUAUAUGUCAUUAACUGAUAUUAGAGAGCAGGAGAACCUUUUUACAGGUGGUUCUCCAUCACCAAUGCGCAGCUUGUGCUGUGAUUACUUCUGCAGUAGAGGAAUAUAGGAACAGAGUAUUGUCAUGACUCUGAUCAAUGUGCUGGCAGUGGGAGGAUUGCGCUGCUUGAUGUAGUACCGAUGCUGGGAUUUUAGUUAGACAAUUACACGUUCAUUUUAAUCUUCGGCUGUCUGCUAUAGAAAGCUUACAGCUAGAAUACAACUCCCAUAAAGCAAAGGCUUGACAUAAUGUACAGGACCCAUGACAGAAUAGUUAAAAUAUCGUAGAUCACAAUUGCGACGAUCGUGGGUUUAAUGCUAUUGCUGGGUGCCUCGAGGUCGGAGGCAGAUCAGCAACAGCAAAUGGUGCUGUCCAAGCACGUGAUCAAUGUGACAUCCAGUAACUGCGAUCACAGUGCUGCUGGGAUAUCUGAUCCACCUCCCAGCUCGUUGUGAAGUGGGGAGAAACUGACCUGAGAAUUACUUUGUGUGCUGCUAGUGAUUCCAUUUUAUCAGUAAUAUUUAAACUCUUUAGCCCUGUAAAUCCAAAUUUUGCCCUUUGAUCAUUUGUUGCAGUGAUCAGAAUACAGAACACAGUGCUUUACUGUCAUCUAUUUUUUUUUUUUUUAAUAAAUAUUUUUUACCAUCAAGGGAUAUAUAUUUUUUUUUUUUUAUUGGUGAUUUAGCAGGGUUGGGUGGAAGUUAGUGGGAAAUUUUCUGUUGCGUUAGAUGUAAAAAAACAAGUUUAAAUUGAAGCAAAAAACAUACACACACACACCAAAAUUAUAAACGCAUCCCUUUUGUUUUUGCCCCCAUUUUUCAUGAGCUGAACUCAAAGAUCUGGAGGGCCGAAGGUUCCCCACCCCUGCUUUAAAGGACCACUAUAAGCACCCAGACCACUUCAGCUUAAUUAACCCUUUUUUUUUUUUUUUCUUUUUUUUUAUAAACAUAGCAGUUUCAGAGAAACUGCCAUGUUUAUAAAUGGGUUAAUCCAGCCUCCAGUGGCUGUCUCUUGACAGCCGCUAGAGGCCCUUGCGUGCUUCUCACUGUGAAAAUCAUGCGCAUUCAGCCAAAGAGGAGGAAGAGAGCUCCCUGCCCGGCGCUGGAGAAAAAGAUAAGUUUAACCCCUUCCUCUCCCCAGAGCCCGCCAGGAGGGGGACCCUGAGGGUGGGGGCACCCUCAGGGCACUAUAGUGCCAGGAAAACAAGUGUUUUCCUGGCAGUAUAGUGGUCCUUUAAGCAUUCACGUAUAACUGGCCUUUGUGAGGUAGUUUGAACGUGCAAGAAUGCUCCAAAAUGGGACAUAGCUCAAUUAAAUCCAUCUAUGAAAAUUCUCGUGUGUGUAUAUGUUAAAGUGAGAAAUCUGUUAAUGUGCACAUUACCUAGUUAAUCUGCAGAUUAACUGAUUUGCCCAUUUUUUUAAAGUGCGGAAUCAAGAAUUUUCCGCACUUUACCUGAGUAAAGUGCACAUUAUCUGCUUCCGUCUAGUUUAAGUGCAAAAUGUUUGUUUCUUUCCCUCGGUAAAAGAGGAAAUUAUUUAUUACAAAAAUGUCCUCACAGCACCUGUUUCACCCUUUCAGUGCAGUCUUUGCAGAGUCGUUCACUUCUCGUCUGAAGGCAGAAAGAUACCGUGUGAACCUGUCUCGAUUUUCUUUUUGCGAGCAAGUUCCUUUCAGUGCACUCCACCAUCAAAUUCUCAAAGCAUAGACUCAUGGCUUGUUGCUUCUCAGAGGGGGGCUGGCUACUAACAAUGCUGCUCCAUAAGUCCGAGAAAUACUUCUCUCAUUGAGGAGAAUGAGACCAAAGAGAGGUCUGCUCAUGGACCACUGAUCCCGACAGUCUUCAAAUAUAUGAUGAUAUUGAGAACAGUGGAGAGCAUCUGCUGGGAUCAUUUUAGGGUGUUGCUGCAUAAUGUGCAGGAAGCGCUCGCUCUCUUGUGGUGGGGGCUCCUCAUUUCUUACCAGUUCAGGAUAACUGUUUGAAGAGUUAUGUGACUAUGUGGUCCAGACAAGAACAGAACAGAAGCCUGGGCACACCAUGGUUUGCUCUAAAGCUGUGAGCACCUCAGAGAGAUGGAGGACAGAAUGAUUUUUUUUUUUUUUUUUUUGCACUUUCACAUGUGUAAUGUGAGAAAUAUUUGCGAAAAUAAAUCAUUUUCUGCACUUUAACUGAUCACCCUAGUUAAUCUGCAGAUUAACUGAUUUCUGCACUUUAACUGUAAUAUAUAAAAAAAAUUAACUUCGCUUAUAUGGCACUGUAAUUUCACAAUAUAGGCACACAUCAGGGGUAUUGUACUUAAAAGAUGUAGCUGAGCAUAAUACAACAAGCAUGUAAAUAAAUGCAAAAUAAACAUUUUCUGCAAACUUUGAGAUUACCUGGUUUAAUAAUGUUGGCACGUUAAGGCAUAAUAUACACCAUAUGAUACUCCGGGUGUCUACUUUUACAAAUGGUAGGUGUUUGUAGGGUAAUACCAACAAUCAUAUUGCUAUAAUGCCUCAAAAUGAGAGAUGGUCCCAUCAAAUCUAUUAAUCAAAAUAACUGUGAAACCUGAAUUUUUUUUUUUCUUUGUUUUUAUAAUAAAUGAGAAUUUAUGUAUGUCACAUCAAAUAAAGAUCUUUUUGUCCUUUUAAAAAUGGUAUAUAAUGUGUUGGUGCAAUAAAUAAAAAAGAUGGAAUUUGCUGUUAAACACACACACACACAUUUCUUUGGUCCUGAGGUGGAAAAACAGGCAAAUUAAGCUAAUUAUGUAGUAUGAGGCUCUAUAUUCAUGCAGUGUUUCAUGUUUGGUAAAUUCCAUUAAUCUAACCAAAAAAACAUAAUGAAGCAGUUUUGGUUUAUUGAUCAUGCCCCAUGCAGUCUCUCACUGCUCAAUUCUCUGCCAGUUAGGAGUUAAAUCACUUUGUUUAUACAGGGAUUAGCACAGCCAUCCUUAAUGCUUCCUGUAAAGACUAGAUGUCUUCCCUAAUUUUGAAACUCAAAGGAACACUAUAGUCACCUAAAUUACUUUAGCUAAAUAAAGCAGUGCUAGUGUAUAGAUCAUUCCCCUGCAAUUUCACUGCUCAAUUCACUGUCAUUUAGGAGUUAAAUCACUUUGUUUCUGUUUAUGCAGCCCUAGCCACACCUCCCCUGGCUAUGAUUGACAGAGCCUGCAUGAAAAAAAAAAAAGAAAACUGGUUUAACUUUCAAACAGAUGUAAUUUACCUUAAAUAAUUGUAUCACAAUCUCUAAAUUGAACUUUAAUCACAUACAGGAAGAUCUUGCAGGGUCUAGCAAGCUAUUAACAUAGCAGGGGAUAAGAAAAUCUUAAUUAAACAGAACUUUCAAUAAAGAAAGCCUAAAUGGGGCUCUCUUUACAGGAAGUGUUUAUGGAAGGCUGUGCAAGUCACAUGCAGGGAGGUGUGACUAGGGUUUAUAAACAAAGGGAUUUAACUCCUAAAUGGCAGAGGAUUGAGCAGUGAGGCUGCAGGGGCAUGUUAUAUACACCAAAACUGCUUCAUUAAGCUAAAGUUGUUCAGGUGACUAUAGUGUCCCUUCAAUCUCUCUAAAACUGAACACACUUAACAUCCAAUCUGUUGUUAAAACUUGUCAAUUCCACCUUGAAAAUGUUGCCUGCAUCUAACCAUUUCUUACACAAGAUACUACUAAGGACCUUGUUCGUUCUCUGGAUUUUUCUCACAUUGCUUACGGCAAUCAGAAGCCGUACUGCCUUGCUAUAGUCUGUAAUAAAUGCUGCUGUCAGGCUGAUUUUCCUUUCCUGUCGCUCCUUUCAAACCUCACCCUUCUGUCAAUCCUCACAUCAGCUUCCUGUAGCCUAUAGGAGUCAAUUCAAAAUACUAACCCUUACCUAUAAACCCCUUAACAACCCUUGCCCCUGUUACAUUUCUUCAAUAAUCUGUAGGUAUGCCCCUUCCUGGUCUCUCCGCUCUGCUGAUGGCCUUCUCCUGUACGCUGCUCACAUCCCCUACUGAUGACUCAACUUGCAGAACUUCUCGCGGAUGGCUCCUUUCCUUUGGAACAACCUGCCUGCCCCCAUCAGACUCUUCCCUAGUCUGCAAUCGUUUAAGACAAGCAUGUUAAACGCAAAGGCUAGCAUGGGCCCAAAAAAAACAGGUUUAAGUUUGUGGGCUACAAAAACAAACUUUCAUAGAAGCCUAUGUUUAUUUUGAAAAGUACAGUAAAAAAAACAAAAACAAAUCCAGCAUCCCCCUCUAGACUAAAUCCUAGUCCCCCACCUGAAAAACACAAUAUUAACUAACAAGCAGACUCUACUCACAUUGCCGCUGCCAGUAUGCGACUCUGCUGUCCAGCCUCUGGUAUACCCCAAUGGCGCCGUCUGCAUCCUGUGAAAAAGCGAAUCCUCCCGAUACUCCUUGAAACCCUAUGAUGGUGGAGCACGUUGGCGUCCUGUCUGAAUAUGGCGUUGCGUGCCUCCGUGCACCUCUAGGUCCUCCACUGUCCAUCCGUGGCCAUCGCAACACUGACCAACACACACUCUGACAGACACACACAUUUACUCACUCUUGCACACACUCACAAAUCAUUUUAUUUAUUGUUCCCUACUUUUGGGAGCUGGUGUGGGGCCUCUCCUUGGGGUCCAUCCUCUCUCUGCAGUUCUCGCUUCCUGUUCCUCACUGCUCCCUCACACGCGCAGUUUAGUGAUGCUGGGCUGGAAAAAUUUUAUUUUCUGCAAUGUAGGGAGAGCAGGUGCCUACUGUGCCUUAACAUGUCACUCGUGGCUCGCUGGGUUGCAAAGCUAUUCAUUGUGGGCCGCGAGUUUGACAUGCUUGUUUUAUGAAGUCCCUCAAAACCCAUCUCUUCAGAAAAUCUUAUGGACUCCCAGAGUCCAUAUUUCACAUACCUGUCUCUUGGUCGCUCUUAAAGGUUAGACUCCACUCUCACCUUCCAGUUCUGCCAAUAAAAGUUAUUUCAAAUAUGAAAUCUUCAACUGCUUGCAAAUAUUAAGGAUAACUAUCAAAAUGAGUCUUUACGUUUAUAAAUCACGUUUUGAAUACAUUACUACUAACUAGUGAUUUAAUUCAUGACUGAUAUACAACGUGAGGGAUUCUAUUUGUUCAGUUUCCAUUCCUGGCAUUGCGGAGUUAUUUGGGAUUUGUUCAGAAAGUGUUUUAGCAGGAACACUCGAGUUUAUCUGAGUUUGAAGUGAGAGCCUCCAAAGAGAGGAUGUAAUAAGUAAUAAUAAACCACCACAGUCUUUCUUGCAUGAUUUCUCUGAGUUUCUGUUCAAAACAUUAUUGUAGAAAUAAAUAGUAUAUAUUUUUUGGCUAAUGCACAUUUAAAUAGGAUGGGGCAGACAAGGUGAGUUUAUGGAGCAAAACCACCCUCCCAAAUAAUAUACGCUGUGCCUACACCGUGCCCAAAGUGUUUGAUGCCCGGCAUGUCACUUCAGUAUAUAUAACCUACAAAUUAAUGUGCUGACUCCCUUGUGUAUAUAUAUAUAUAUAUAUAUAAAAAAUAAAUAUAUUUUUUUUUUUGUUCCUUCAUGUAAAAUAUUAUUUUCAAGCAUCAGAGACCACUAGGCAUUAUGAUCAUACUGGUCAUUUUAUGAGGCUUCUGUUGCACCCUAUUAAAGUAUUUGUUUAUAAUCCAAUGAUUUUCAUUAAAAGGUGCUUUCUGGAAGUAAAAUGUAAUUUAAAAAAGCAAAAAUCAUCAUAUUCUUCGUAGAUCACUUUAUUAAAAUUAUUUAUGAGCAUAGCAGUGGUAUCUGCUGGCAUGGAGAUGAAUUGUGGAUAAAACUUCGAAUUGCAAAGCCAUUUGUGGAUAUGUUCUGGCUGUUAAUCUUUCUUUUCUUAUUUAAGGAAGAACCUCACUUGGAUGUCCUCAUCAAUAAUGCUGGGAUCUUUCAGUGUCCCUACAUGAAGACAGAAGAUGGUUUUGAAAUGCAGUUUGGUGUCAACCAUUUGGGCCAUUUUCUCCUCACUCAUUUGCUUCUGAGCCUCUUGAAAAGUUCUGCUCCUAGUCGGAUUGUGGUUGUUUCAUCAAAACUUUACAAAUACGGCGAAAUCAACUUUGACGACUUGAACAGUGAGAAGAGUUACAGUAAAAGUUUUGGCUACAGUCGCAGCAAAUUGGCCAAUAUUUUGUUCACUAGAGAACUCUCCAGACGCUUGGAAGGCACGGGGGUUACAGUCAAUGCUCUGCAUCCUGGGAUUGUCAGAACUAAUUUAGGGAGAUACAUUAAUAUUCCUAUUUUGAUAAAGCCCUUGUUUAGCGUGGUGUCAUGGGCCUUCUUUAAAUCGCCAGAGGAAGGUGCUCAGACAUCUAUAUAUUUGGCAACCAGUCCAGAAGUUGAGGGAGUAUCUGGGAAGUACUUUGGUGAUUGCAAAGAAGAGGAAUUACUGCCCAAAGCCAUGGAUGAUUUAGUAGCUCGAAAACUCUGGGAUAUCAGUGAGAUUAUGGUUGGGCUUAUAAAAUAG